UCUUGAAACGAAUACGCUUGUCCAUUUACUCCCUUUAUUUUUUUUUUGCAGAUUCAUCAAAAGCUCAAUGACGUAACCAGCGGAAACGGACUUAAUCCCUUCUUGAGACGAGGCUCCUCCAUCCUCAACAAAAGUCAUCAUGGAAGUGGACGAUGACGAGGUUGAAUAUAAAGUCGAUUGCCACGUGAUUGGCCACUGCUUUGGAGCCGUAUUCAUCUCGUUCCACAAUGAGAACAACGAGCCUCAAGCAGCUAUGGUUCGAUCCCACCGAUUGUUCCUCAACGGUCGGCGAGUACGUCCCAGUGAAAUCAAGACCGUCGAUAAAUUGGGCAACGUACUCCGCGAGCAUUUCGGCCGCGGAGUGCCCGUUUUCGCCAAAGUGAGGAACAUCAAUCGUGAUGGGGCCAAUUAUCGGACCGAAGAUAACCAAGAAGUCCGACCCACGUGGUACUCACAUUGCGUCUGGAUCGGAGCCGAACCAAGUGAAGAUGAGCAAAAGGCUAAAGGUCCCAAGUCGAUAUCUCACGCGUCCCUGGAAAAGGACAGUCGAAGGUCCUCGGUGGAAUACCGAAGCAUCCCUAACAACGUUACACUAGCGACCCCGGGGGCCAAUACGUUAUCUCCGCCACAAGAACGCGUGUUUGUUGAAGCCGACUUUCCUAUAUUGGCCUCGAAUGGGCCCAAGACCCAAGCCAAAAAGAAGGAAGUGUUUGGGGUUGAGGGCGAACUUUUGUAUCAGAAUCCUGCUGGAUUGGGAUUCCUGCAGUUUUCCUAUCCUGUCGAGGACCAGGGCGUCCAGCAACUCACCGCCAUAUUCAAUGGAAAGGUCAUGCUUCUCGAUGGCGAGCCCUUGGACCCUUGCCAUAUGAAGACCUGGAGCAAAGCAAUUCAGGACCAGAAGAAGAAAGUCUACUUCAACGCUUACGAGGAUUCUCAACUCUAUCCCCACAAACGCGUCGAGCGAUUCCAAGGCGACAAAGAGCAGCCCUCCAUGGUGAUUUACAAGCCAACUUGGAGGUGUACCGCCGUUUGGGUUGGAGACCAGCCUUCCGAAGAGACCUUAGCCCGAUUGGCCUUGUACGUGGAGAACACGAGCUCGAAAAGCAAACGCAAGAAGAUGAGUGUGGAGGAGAAGGAGAAGAUCAAGGACUGUGAAUAUUUUGGCGGACGGCUAACCACCAUCGUCGACAAAAGCACCGGUGUCGUCCAACAAAAGGACAAGGCAGUCUUGUUCAAGAUUCAGGAUCUCUGGAUCAAUGGCCAACAAAUGUCGGGUGAGGACAAGCUUUCCAACCUGAUCAGCUUGGGCGAGAUCCUGUUUUGCUAUAUGCGACCCUUGAUCCCGGCCAAACGCAUUGGAGACAUCCUGUGUGAUAGGGUCGCCGUUCAGAUUUGGCGUGGGAAGCGCUCCAAAAGCCGAAGCAAUAACAAUAGCGAGUGCUCGCAUCAUGAAAACGACACGGCAGCCCCCUUGACGAAUGUCGCAACUGAACCACCAAAGAGUCGCAACGAUAUGGCUGUUGCCCCAACCGAACUUAUGAAUCGCAAAGAUGAGGACGAGGAUGAGGACGAGGAUGACGUAAAGUCCAUGGAAUUUGAGUCCCCACAUGACCAUCCCGAAAAUGAUCGAGCCACUUUUGCCAUGCCAAGUACGGCCACAGAUCUUAAUUGUAUUGGACGGGUCAAGGAAUUGGACGGAGGGUUGGGUCUCAUCACCAUUGAGAGUGGGGAUGCCAAGAAUGGUGAGAAUGCGCUGUUCUCGCGAUACCGGACUUACAUCGAAGGUCACAGGCUCAAGUACUACGACUUCUUAAAAGACCACAUUGCUGUGGGUGACUACCUCGGGGUUGACUUGAUCAAAGCCGACCCCUCCAAAGCUGCUGGUGAAUACCAAUGGUUAGCUCUCUUGGCUUGGAAAAGUGCGACCAAACCUGACCCCGAAUUGGUUCGUAGUGAUGUUGAAAAAAAGUGCGACUUCUACCGAGCCCGUGUGAUUCAACUGGAUAAGUGUCCUGUUAGAGGAAGUGUUUCCGGGGUCCUCCAUGUCAUUCGAGGUCCUAAUAGUGUGGGUGAGCGGGCCAUUUUCAAGCGUGAACACACCUACGUAUUUGGAGCCCGCAUGGCCAAAGCUGAUUUGAGCUAUGUGAUCAAGGAGAAGGACAAAAUACAGUUAGAAAUGGAACGCUUGGACGAAGAGGAUGCCGUCGAGGCCAAAAAAAAGUACGGUUGUGAGAUCAAGUACUGUGCCACAUUGGCCUGGGUGGGACCCACUCCCAAGUUGGAGCGCAAUUGUGAUACAUUUCCUCACUACAUUGGAAACUCCAUCUAUCCGUUCUUGAACAAGCGCGGGAUGGACGAGGAGUUCUUCACCAGGCUGAUCACCGGGGACUUGCCGCCCAAGAAAGAUCCGCUCAGUGAAUCCGCCAUCGACGUGUCCAUCAGUCUGAAUCCCAACGAGAUAUGGGGCCGAUUGGUGGAGCUGAAGAAACCAGAUGCACCCAAGACGGGAACUGAGCACGGGAUCAUCAUGAUUGAGAACGGGCCGUUUUCCAGCGAGCGAGCCUUCUUCAACCGGAACAGUCUAUGGUGUUGGGGCCAGAACAUGACCAAGGCAGACUUGAUGCACGUGAUCAAGGAAUCGGAUCGGUUCAAUAUUGAAGUGCGCCAUGGAACCAACAAUAAAAGUGUGCCAUUCCAAGUGUCACAUGCUUGGGUGGGGCCUCAUCCAGAGGACAAGCAGAGGGUCGUCUCGGAGAGUGAUCCGGAUUUUCAAAAGUGGUUGGCUUCACAUGACCUCGAUAUCGCCAAAUUCAAGGCUUGCGUGGACGGGAAACUGGAAGUGAAGCCUUACUUCCCGUUACCCCUGGAGCAACAGUGUGCUCGGAUCGUGCAUUUCUACCCAAGUAAACGGAACCUUAAAGGUCAAGGCACCGAGGCCGGCAUCCUCAAAGUUCAUCAGGGGAGUCUCAUGAAAAAGGAUGUACUCUUCGAGCGGGACUCGGUCUACAUUUGGGGCGUUCACUUUCGNCGGAUUUUCAAAAGUGGUUGCCUUACUUCCCGCUACAUUUGGGGCGUUCACUUUCGCAAAGGUGACCUCAAGUACAUCUUCCGUGAAGGUGACAAGGUCUUUUGCGAAGCCACCGAGAUCUCGGGCCGAGAGAAGAAGAAAUGGCAAGCCAAAUUGGGCAUCCAAAGCAUCCCCAAAUAUAUGGCGACCAUCGUUUUUGUUGGAGGAGGACGACCCAAAUCAAACAAUCCCAAACUAUGUGAUAUGGAUGAACUCGAGUCCAAUACCAACCUGAUGCAAUGGCUCAAGAAGCGCAAUGUGGAGAUGGAUCUCUUCAAGAAGCUCUUGGAUGGCAACCUUUGUCCUCAUGAAGCGGCACAAGCCCCGCCUAAUCAGGCCAACGCCAUGCACACCCACGACGCUUGCUCAUCGUGUGGGUCCUGGCCUGCCUCAAGCUCGGCCUCGGCGCCCAAGGUACCAUUUGCCGGUGUGUUCACCAGCGCCGCAGACACUUCCCACCGUUUCGAUUUCAUCCCUGAUUUCGAACCGACACGGGCACCGCCUCCGCCUCUACCAGCCAAAGCGGUGCCCAUGGAAAAUCCUCUCAUGAGUCAAGCCGAGGACUUGAUCCACAAAGUGCUCUCAUGCACAUCGACCAACGACGAAAAUGCCCGGAAUCUCAUUCAAAAUGCGCGCGAACUCGCCAUAGCUGAAUUCAUAUGCAAGACCCUGGGCACUGCUGUGCAAUCUUACCGCCAAAAAAACGAAACAGCCAACGCCACUCCACUGCAUCACCGAAACGGACCACCGCCUGAUAUUCGACAUGGACCUCCCCCUCCGGGUCCGAUUGCCCCUCCUCCGAGGAUCUCCGUGGGCGCCUCUGCGUCCAAUCUGCCACUAAACGGGGGUGGAUUGUACGGUCUUCAGCAACCUCUGUUGGAGUUCAACGGCGACCAUCAUUGGGUGACCAAUGAGAGCGCACCCAGGACCAACCGGUUGUUGCGCCAAGAAUCGCCCAGUGAUCACGCAUUCUCAUCCCCACCUGAACCACCUUACAAAAGGAAAACGCACCCUUGGCCGUCUUGAUGAAAUUGAUUUUUGAUGUUUUUUAUCGAAAUCUGAUCUGUUAAUUGUCAUCUGAAAUACCACAUUUUUGGGGCUAUUGUGAUUCGUUUGUACCGGAAUUUGGCCAAGAUAUGCAUCCAUUUAUUCUCUUUGUAUCGUGUUUUCAUUUGGUGAUUAAAUCCCAGCAUUUGCAUACAGACUAA